AAUAGGGUGAGGUAUUUCGAGGUGGCAUGGGGCUGUACUUCAAAUAAAAUAAAGGCCCUAUAAUAGUCUUAAUCUGUGUUUUGUUGCCCGUGUCGGUGGUUAUGUUAGCAGCUGUUUACUUGUAGCAUAGCUAAUGUUAGCUAGUUAAGUUAACGUAACCCAAAUAUGAAGAACUAAGCUAGUAGGUAGCUAGCCUGUUCGGCGUUGUAGGUGCGGAAAAAUAAAGUGUACGGGGCUUUUAUACGGGGAGACAUGUAGUGUGUCUGUAACCUUUCAGUCACUUUAAGUGCUGAUGAAAAUGGUUUAAGUGUCUAAUUUGUAAGCUAUAAGAUGUAACUUGGUGCUAAAUUGUUGUAUGAGCUAAACCAGUUAAUUCUGAUGACUUCCUGUGUUCAGCUUUCACUAAUUCAAAGUAGGGUUAGAUGUUUUGACAAAGUUUGCGACCCUGUCAGAUCGUACCCACGCAUUUACAUCAGGGAAGAACCAGAAGAUGCCAGAAUAAGCAUCCAUUAUAUUACAUCACAUAUAUGAUACAAUAUAAGAUAACUAGAGCCAGAAGGUUAAUCUACUUUCUACUACAUGAUAAGUCAAUAGAAUGAAAAUGAAAGUGACAGUUAAUGUCACCAUUGAGGUUUUUUUUUUUUUUUUUUUGCAAGGAAAACUACUUCACAUUUCAGAUUAGAGGAUUUGCUUGAACAUUUCAGGUGCUGGGAAUGCAGCCACCGCUCCCAGCUGAAGCCGUCAGAGAGCUGGUGUGCUCCUGCCUGCACAGGGACCCAGUGGCUGCAGACCUCCGCUGCAGCCUCUUUGUUGCAGCUGCACAAAACUACAAGAAAGACUCUUUGCUCAGACCGUUCCCCCCUCGAUACAUAAGUGGUGACAAUAAGGACUUUGAGGAGCUGUUGGGUGAUGUCAAAUCUCUGCCUGGUGUAAGAGAGCUGGUGAGGUUACGACCUGGAGAAGGAGAUCAUCAUCUGGCUCUUGCACACUGGAUUCUCUCCUCAAAGAGCUUUGCUGUCAAGACGUUACAGAAAGAAGAGUACGCCAAGCUGUGUAAGCUGACUGAAAAUGAAGGGGUUUCUGCACCUGUGCCAGACUUCCUCUUUGAGCUUGAGUACUGUGACCAGAUGAAUGCCAGGUUUGAGAAGACCAGGGCUGGCAGAGACCUCUUCUAUGCAUUCCACGGGAGCCGCCUGGAAAACUUUCACUCUAUCAUUCACAACGGCUUGCACUGUCACCUUAAUAAGAACUCUGUGUUUGGAGAGGGGACCUACCUCACCAGUGACCUCAGCAUGGCUGUCCUUUACAGCCCCCACAGCAGCGGCUGGAAAGAAAGUCUUCUGGGUCCACUGCUCAGCUGUGUUGCCUUGUGUGAAGUCAUCGACCAUCCAGAUGUGAAGUGCCAAGUGAAGAAGAAAGACUCUGAAAUUGUUGAUCGUCAGCGCUCCAGGGCAAAGAACAGUGAAGGAGGUGAUGUACCACAGAAAUACUUUGUUGUCACCAACAACCAGCUUUUGCGAGUGAAGUACCUGCUUGUUUACUCUCAGAGGAGGCACCUGUCCAGAAAUUCCCGCAGCAGCUCCUGGCUGCUCAGACACCAUUUUGCAAUCAUGAUGAGUCUUUACCUUUUGCUGCUCAUACUGAUCGGUGCCUUCAACUCCACCUCCUUCAUAUCAUUUUGGAACAAACUCUUCAGGUGACAAGACAACAGGGCAGACAACCUGGAUGUUAUUCAUCAGUGCCUUCCUGAUCAGACCGACUGGAGGCCUGAGUAGAGAUGUUUUAUGCACCUUUAUACUGUUUCUCUUUACUGUUGUUCCUUUAUUUGUACAAAUCGUUAUGAUUACUGUUAUUUCAACAUAACAUAUCUUCUCAGAUAGUCACCGUUGGGAUCCUGUUGUCUCUUAAUUUCAGUGAAAUGUGUAAUAAGACUACAUGGCAUCAGAAGAAUAUCUUGCAAUGUUUCAGCUGUAACCUGUACAGUUUAGUAAACAUCCAGUUUUGUAGAUGAACUUCGCUGUUGCGUGGUGUCAGUCCUGUAAGGACAAAGUUUUAUUAGCCAAAGGAGGAAAGAGAAUAUGAUUUUAAUUGAAAUGAUUUGUCAGUGAGGUUGAGAUGUCUUUAUUUUGUCAAGUCUGGACCAUCUCCAGCUCAUUAACUCUGAAACUUUUACAGUCGUUCUGGAAAUGUCCAUGAAUUUAACAUAUACUUUUAUGUCUCUAAAGGAAGUGAUGGAUAUUCUCUUAAAGCCACAGGGUCUUAUUUUUUUGACUAAUAAAAUGAAAACGUUGUUGGCUGUUGGUGGUUUAAGGGAUACUGUGAGGUUAGUUUGUAAUAAAACUGACAAAAUGUAUA